AUGAUUCAAUUUCGUGAACGUAAACCAUAUAUAGAGGCACUUUCAUUUACGGAAUCUGUAGAUUGCGUUCUACGUGACAACUUGUGUAAAAUUACAGAAACCAACGAAAAGAGAAUAUUAAAUAAACAUAAUUGGGUUUUCUUUGCUGCGCAAGAGAAAUAUCAUGUUCUUCAGCCGGGCAAUUAUUGCUGGAAAUUAGAAUUAGUCCUUCCCGGAACAUUAAUAGAAACGAUUGAACAAUGUAAUAGAAAAUUACUUCACGAUAAGAAAAUUAUACAAUAUAGUGGCAAUAUUCUCGUUGUCAUGAAUGAUUUUGAAGCUUUUAGGAAUGAUUAUGUCGGAAUUAACAACAGUCAUAAGACAUUUCAUGGACCAAUUCUUAUCUUAGAUAUUUUUAGACGGAAAAAUCAGAUUGUUGGAAAUUUUAAUGAAUGUUGGCAUCCUGAUCCUUCUCAACGUCCAACAAUAUGA